UCCAGAUGGAGGCCAGGACUUUGCCCGCCCCCCCACCGCGCCUGGAAUGUCAACAGACCGCACGACCCAGGCCUCGCCAUGGUGUCCGGGCCCCGCGGGCUGGCCGUCCUCUGCUCUCUGCUCUGCCUGCAGGCGUCUCUGGCUGCAGUCUUCCUCACGCAGGAGGAGGCCCACGGCGUCCUGCACAGGCGCAGGCGCGCCAACUCGUUCCUGGAGGAGCUGAGGACCGGCUCCCUGGAGAGGGAGUGCAUGGAGGAGCAGUGCUCCUUCGAGGAGGCCAAGGAGAUCUUCCAGAACGCCGAGAGGACGAAGCAGUUCUGGAUUUCUUACAACGAUGGGGACCAAUGCGCCUCGAAUCCGUGCCAGAAUGGAGGCUCCUGUGAGGACCAGCUCCAGUCCUACCUCUGCUUCUGCCUCGAUGAUUUCAAGGGCCGGAACUGUGAGACAAACAAAAAGGAGCAGCUGAUCUGUAUGAACGAGAACGGAGGCUGUGAGCAGUACUGCCACGACCACGCGGAGACUGGCCGCUCCUGCCGGUGCCACGAGGGGUAUGCGCUCCAGGACGACGGGGUGUCCUGUGUGCCCACAGUGGAGUAUCCGUGUGGGAAAAUACCCGUUCUGGAAAAGAGAAACGGCAGCGACCCCCGAGGCCGAAUUGUGGGUGGCAAGGUGUGCCCCAAGGGAGAGUGUCCCUGGCAGGCUGCACUGAAGCUGGACGGCGUGCUGAUAUGCGGGGGCACCCUGCUCGACGCCGCCUGGGUGGUCUCUGCAGCCCACUGCUUCGACAAAAUCAAGAACUGGGAGAACCUGACAGUCAUACUGGGCGAGCACGACCUCCGCGAGGAGGAAGGCGAGGAGCAGGAGCGGCACGUCGCCCAGGUCAUCAUCCCCAACAGGUACAUCCCCCGCAAGACGAACCACGACAUCGCCCUGCUGCGCCUGCGGACGCCCGUGGCCUUCACCGACCACGUGGUGCCCCUGUGUCUGCCCGAGAGGGCCUUCUCCGAGAGGACGCUGGCCUUCAUCCGCUUCUCCACCGUCAGCGGCUGGGGCCUGCUGCUGGACAGGGGCGUCACGGCCCUGCAGCUCAUGGCCAUCGACGUGCCCCGGCUGAUGACCCAGGACUGCCAGGAGCAGUCGCGCAGGAAGGCGGGCUCCCCGGCCGUCACCGAGAACAUGUUCUGCGCCGGCUACCUGGACGGGAGCAAGGACGCUUGCAAGGGCGACAGCGGGGGCCCGCACGCCACCAAGUUCCAGGGCACCUGGUACCUGACGGGUGUCGUCAGCUGGGGGGAGGGCUGCGCGGCCGAGGGUCACUUCGGGGUGUACACCAGGGUCUCCCAGUACACCGAGUGGCUGCGCAGGCUCAUGCGCUCCAGCCCCACCUCGAGCGGCCUCCUCCGGGCCCCGCUGCCCUAGCCUCAGCGCGGGGCCGCCGGAAUAAAGCUGCCACCUGUCCCGCUCGAAUCCGGAAA